AUGGCUGCAAAGGAAGGUAGUAGGAUAUUUGUUGGUGGUUUAUCGCCGGAAGUGACAGAGAGAGACCUUGAACGAGCUUUUACUCGCUUCGGAGACAUCCUCGAUUGUCAGAUCAUGCUGGAAAGAGACACUGGUCGUUCACGUGGAUUUGGGUUUAUCACUUUUGCUGAUCGUCGGGCUAUGGAUGAGUCUAUCAGAGAGAUGCAUGGAAGGGACUUUGGUGAUCGGGUCAUCUCAGUGAACAGAGCUGAACCGAAGAUGGGCCGAGAUGAUGGGGAAAGUCAUGGUUCUAGAGGUGGCAGAGACAGUAGCUAUACAUUUGCUGGAAAAGAAAGCUUUGGUGGAGGUGGAGGUGGCCGUGUUGCUGAAGAUGAGUGCUUCAAGUGCAGACGGGUUGGGCAUUGGGCCCGUGAUUGCCCAUCUGCUUCUGGUGGUCGUGGUGGACCUGCUGGUGGUUUUUCUUCCCGUGCUGGUACAUUUGGAGGAUCUGAUGGACGUGUGGACCGUUAUGCUGACCGUGAUCGCUAUGUGGACCGUGAACGGUACAUAGAUGACCGAUACGACGGUGCUGCACGCUUUGGUGGUAGAGACAGGUUUGACAGCAGAGAGGCCUACAUACCCCGCGAUCGCUACGCCAGUGACAGGUAUGCAGCUCCGGCUGAUCGGUUUGCAGGUGGUGAUAGAUACAGCCGCGGAUCAGACCGUUAUCCUCCAGCGAGUUAUGACAAAGCCCGGUCCUUUGAGAGAGACAUAGUCCCGAGUGCAGGCAGUGACAGGUACGGUGGUGGUAGAGUUGGUGGGCCCAUACGUGGAGGAGACGAAGCAAGAGGCUUUAGAAGCAGAGCUGGUGGCCCUUAUGAGAGGCCGAGCCGAAGCGGUGGUGGUUAUCCGUCGUCCUCUACUUUUGACCGUUACUAA